AGCGAGCGAGCGAGUUCCUCCCGCACUUCCCCCUCCCGGCGCUGCCUGCCUGCCUGCCUGGGUGGUCUCCCUCUCUCUCCGCUUUGGCGAGCUGUUGCUUAGCAGCUAAUAAUAGGAGAUGUUUGCAAAGUAAUUUGCCUCUUCCUCGGCCAAUGAGAACCAGAGCACUUUUCCAUCAAACCACCCUUUUCAGGAUUCGCAAAGGGGCUACCUCUCCAAAUGUUACUGCAACAGGAUCAGAGGUAGACUGAGGGAAUCUGCUCGCCACUUAUCGCAGCUUUAAAACCAGUUACGAGCACCAGUUGUACGAAUGAAGACCGAAGGAUCUAUACGGAUUCGGGCGCAUAAUGUUGGAAUGGGAUUGGAAGACUUUGGCUCAAGGAAAGACUAGAGAAUAUUCUUUCAACUUUAUCCCGACGGAUGCGCGCGUCCUGUUUCUUGGAUUAUUAUUGUUAUUAUCGCCUAACGCGCCGCGUUCGUCUUUAACUUUCUUCGGCGCUUCUUCGCUUUCUCGUUUGGACUAUGGCCUCGGAUCCCAGAGACCCGGGGGCCGGUGGUGUUUUUGGAGAUUCACCCCCAAGUUACACGCGCUCUCCACCGCCCGUGAACUCAGAUCUCCUCCGGAGACCCAGUUACUGCCACGCCGCUUUUGCGUUAAGACAGAUUUCUAAGGGGAAAGCUGUGGGACAGAAAGCACCACUGUGGAUUCGGGCGAGGUUCCAGGCUUUUCUCUUUUCUCUGGGCUGUCACAUCCAGCGACACUGUGGAAAAGUCCUUUUCAUUGGACUGCUUGUAUUCGGAGCCUUGUCUGUUGGUUUACGAGUGGCUGCCAUCGAAACGGACAUCGAGAAACUAUGGGUGGAAGCCGGCAGUCGAGUAAGCAAGGAACUGCGGUACACGAAGGAGAAGCAAGGAGAGGAGUCAGUGUUCACCACCCAGAUGCUCAUACAGACACCCAAACAGGAAGGAAUCAAUAUUCUUACCCAGGAGGCUUUGCUGCUCCACCUGGAGGCUGCUCUGUCAGCUAGCAAAGUCCAGGUGUCUCUUUAUGGAAAAUCUUGGGAUCUUAAUAAAAUCUGCUUCAAGUCUGGAGUCCCGAUUAUAGAGAAUGUCAUGAUUGAGAGGAUGAUUGAUAAGCUCUUCCCCUGUAUGAUUGUGACUCCGUUGGACUGCUUUUGGGAAGGUUCCAAGUUGCAGGGAGGCUCUGCCUACUUACCGGGAAUGCCUGACAUUCAGUGGAUGAAUUUAGACCCCAUCAAGCUAAUGGAGGAGCUGAGCCAGUUUACGUCUCUGGAGGGCUUCAGAGAGAUGCUGGAUAAGGCUCAGGUGGGCCACGCCUAUAUGAACCGCCCUUGCCUGGACCCUAAUGACACAGACUGCCCACACAGUGCCCCCAAUAAGGACCCGCGGCAGGUCCCUGACAUUGCUGCGGAGCUUCAGGGCGGUUGCCAUGGUUUCUCCAAGAAGUUCAUGCACUGGCAGGAGGAGUUGAUCCUGGGCGAAAGAGUAAAGGACUCCCAGAAUGCUUUGCAGAGUGCUGAGGCCCUUCAGACCAUGUUCCUUCUCAUGAGUCCCAAACAGCUCUACGAGCACUUUAAAGACGACUACGAGAUCCACGACAUCAACUGGAAUGAGGACAAGGCCACUGCCAUCCUGGAGUCCUGGCAGAGAAAGUUUGUUGAGGUUGUCCACGGUAGCAUUCCUCAGAACGCUUCUUCUAACGUUUAUGCCUUCUCUACCACCACUCUCAAUGACAUCAUGAAGUCUUUCUCCGACGUCAGUGUAAUCCGGGUGGCAGGUGGUUAUCUGCUCAUGCUUGCAUACGCAUGUGUCACCAUGCUGCGCUGGGACUGUGCUAAGUCUCAAGGUGCCGUAGGGCUGGCAGGAGUGCUGUUGGUGGCUUUGUCUGUGGCUGCAGGACUUGGAUUGUGUUCACUGCUGGGGCUUUCCUUCAAUGCCGCCACCACACAGGUGCUGCCGUUCCUAGCCCUGGGCAUUGGAGUGGAUGACAUGUUCCUGCUGGCUCAUUCCUUUACUCAGACCAGGUCCAAUAUCCCAUUCAAGGAAAGAACGGGUGACUGUCUGAAAAGAACUGGCACCAGCGUGGCGCUGACCUCCAUCAAUAACAUGAUCGCUUUCUUCAUGGCUGCCCUAGUGCCUAUUCCUGCUCUCCGGGCCUUCUCGCUUCAGGCGGCUAUUGUGGUGGUCUUUAAUUUCGCCAUGGUUCUUCUGAUCUUCCCUGCCAUUCUGAGCUUGGACCUGCACAGGCGCGAGGACAAAAGACUCGAUAUCCUGUGCUGUUUCUACAGUCCCUGUUCAUCUCGAGUUAUCCAGAUCCAGCCUCAAGAGUUCUCUGAUGCCAACGACAACCACCAGCACGCCCCUGCCACCCCCACCUACGCCGGUUCCACUAUUACCACCAGCACCCACAUCACCACAACCGUCCAGGCCUUCACUCAGUGUGAUGCUGCUGGCCAACAUAUUGUCACCAUACUGCCUCCCACCUCCCAGAUUUCCACCAGCCCUCCAGCCAUGGUUCUCUCCACCCCAACUCCCACCACCGAUCCUUAUGGCUCCCAGUUGUUCACCACCUCCAGCUCCACCCGAGACCUCCUGGCCCAGGUGGAGGAGCCCAAAGAGGGCCGCGAGUGUGUGCCACUCCCUUUCUUCCGCUGGAAUCUCUCACGCUUCGCACGAGAAAAAUAUGCCCCCGUGUUACUUAAGCCCGAAACCAAGACUGUGGUGGUUGUGGUUUUUGUCGCUCUCUUGGGCCUUAGCCUCUAUGGCACAACAAUGGUUCAUGAUGGACUCUACUUGACUGACAUUGUCCCUAGGGACACAAAGGAGUAUGACUUCAUCUCUGCCCAGUUUAAAUACUUUUCCUUUUAUAACAUGUACCUGGUUACCAUGGAUGGCUUUGACUAUGCCCAUUCCCAAAGACAGCUUAUACAACUUCACAAUGCCUUUAACACUGUGAAAUAUGUGAUUAAGGACAGCAAUCACAAACUUCCUAGAAUGUGGCUCCAUUACUUCCAGGAUUGGCUCAGAGGUUUGCAAUCUACAUUCGAUGCUGACUGGAAGGCAGGCAGGAUCACCCGUGACAGCUAUCGCAAUGGCACUGAGGAUGGAGCACUUGCGUACAAGCUUCUUAUACAGACUGGCUCCAAGAAAGACCCUUUUAACUACAGCCAGCUCACAACCCGUCGGCUGGUGGAUGAGGAUGGUCUCAUCCCCCCUGAGGUGUUCUACAUUUACCUGACAGUAUGGGUCAGUAAUGAUCCACUGGGUUAUGCUGCCUCUCAAGCCAACUUCUACCCUCACCCUCGGGAGUGGAUCCAUGAUAAGUACGACACCACCGGGGAGAACCUUCGCAUCCCUGCAGCUGAGCCUCUGGAGUUUGCGCAGUUUCCUUUUUACAUGAACGGCCUCAGACAAGCUUCCGACUUCAUCGAGGCCAUCGAGAGUGUGCGCUCCAUUUGUGAAGAGUUUAUGCGCCAGGGAAUUCAGAACUAUCCCAACGGCUACCCAUUUCUGUUUUGGGAACAGUACAUAGGUCUACGCCACUGGUUCCUGCUGUCCAUCAGCAUAGUCCUUGCGUGCACCUUCCUGGUGUGCGCUAUCCUCCUCCUCAACCCGUGGACUGCAGGCAUCAUUGUUUUUAUUUUGGCCAUGAUGACUGUGGAACUUUUCGGCAUCAUGGGAUUGAUUGGUAUUAAGUUGAGCGCCAUUCCCGUGGUCAUCCUCAUUGCCUCCGUUGGUAUUGGUGUGGAGUUUACUGUGCACAUUGCACUGGGUUUCCUGACUGCUAUCGGGGACAGGAACACUCGUUCAGCUGUGGCAAUGGAGCAUAUGUUUGCUCCUGUGAUUGACGGCGCCAUCUCCACUCUGCUGGGAGUGCUUAUGCUUGCCGGCUCAGAAUUCGACUUCAUCAUGAGAUACUUCUUUGCCGUGCUGGCCAUUUUGACAUUAUUGGGGAUCCUGAAUGGUUUGGUGCUACUUCCAGUACUGCUGUCGCUCAUGGGUCCCCCGGCUGAGGCUGUGCAUGCUAACAACGCCAAUCAAUUGCAAAGUCCCUCCCCUGAGCCCAUGCCACUACCUAUGAACCACCACGGGUACUACACUGGGAACAUCCCGAAGGGACCGCGUCAGGCAUUCUCCGAGACCUCCGAAUCCGAGUACUAUUCUGAAACCACCUCCGGCAUCGGCGAGGAGGAAUACAAGUACUGUGACAGGAGCACGUACAUCACACCCCCGGCUCAUCCUCCCACCUCCCAUAUUUUACUGGAAGCCAGCAAAAACCCCAGCUUCCCUAAGCUUACAGUGGUGAAGCCUUUCCACGAAACAGGCACUAAAGGACAGCUGAGCGAGUCUGCCCAGAACGCCAUCAACUCUGUCAGUUCGCAAAUCACGCGAUGGGAUAACAAACACGAGUACCAAGGGCCAAAGCGACAACAUUUACCAAGUGACAGGCCCCACUGUCCUCACAGGACUACUCAGUGUGGCCCAGGGCCACAACCAGGGAGAAAGCAGCAGCAAAACAGGACUACAGCCCCAGCCAAUGGUGCCGGGGCAUUGCAGCGGCCUAACAAUGCCAUCACCAUGGUUACAGCCACAGCCUCUGUGACGGUGGCAGUGCAUCCCAGUUUGCCGGGGUCAUAUCAGGGUUACAUGCACGAAGGGUUUGAGGAUACCGAGUCGGACUCUUUCGAGGACUCUAAGAGAACUUCUCAAACGUAUGGAAAAACUUCAAAUUAUAAGAGAGACUCUUUGGAACUUCAAGAUCUGGAACCCACAGAGAACAGCCAGUAUCAAUCUAACCAGGCGCUAGGUGGUGCAUGGAUCCAAGCAGCCAAAGAUUGCUAGAUUGCUCCCAGCCCCCGCAUCCCUUUGUCCGGAAUCUUUGGCUGCCUCGGGCAGUCCCCGACCCCAGCAUGGUGUCUUUGAACUGUACAUAGACCUCACACACACGAGAGGAUUUAUUUUAAAAUUAUUAAAAAGGUCUUUUUAGAGAUUUAUAAAUAUAUAUAUAUUUUAAUACUAAAAAAGAGGGAAACUAUUUUAAAUCGUGCUGUAUAACUUGUGUAUUCACUUGUGUAUAAGAGGAUUUGGAGGCCUUGUUUCCUCCGUUGUAUAGAUUCUGAAAUGUGCUAUAUGUAAAAAGAAGUUAAUAUUAGGUUAUUGAAAUGCAAGGUCAGUGUUCCUUUUUUGCUGCUACACUUCAAAUUUAAGAUGACAUGUCUUGAACAUAUGCAGUACCCCUUUCUCCAACACAAGCCGAGAUAUAACUUUUAUGUUAACAAGUUCUUAAACCGCAGCCAAUAGGAAGCUUAUCUGUAUUGGUUGAAGAUGUUGACUUAUUGCACUGUACAAAAUCUAUAUCUACACAGAUAGCAGUUUCUGUCAUUUCCAGUGUUUUUCCUUUAUUUAUUUUGCUUUUUUCCUGACAGCAACCAUUGUGCCUUCUUUACUUUCAGUCUUACAACUUAACUUGUCUGUUCAUUAAUAAGUUACUAUAUUGUUUUUAUUUCAAAAGUUAGUGCGAAACUCUCUAUGUGUAGUACAGUGUGCAGUGAACAGAUAUGAGUCUAAUGUUACAUUAUUUCAUUUUGUGGUCCUUUGCAGUCUACAUUGACAUACUUGAAGGGUGGUCAAAUGAUGUUUUUCUCUAAGGUUAUUUCAGCCAUACAUUGUGUAAGCUUCAGUUUGUCACUAUAUAUGUCCCAGUAAAUGUUUGGGAGAUAUCAUGCAAACAUAUUUACCCAAAUAUCAUUUAGAAAUGGAAUACUACAUAAGUGCAAAAAGGAGAUUUUCAUUAUUUUUUAUAUUGCUAGCUGCUUUGUACAUAGCGACUGCCCUUCGCAUUCGUUUACCAGGAAGUUGCCCCCCCGGGUAUCUCCCUCAAGGCCAGUGUAGGGACAGGUAACCAAUUCUGGUGCUAGACUUCUCAGUAUUUUGUCUUAGGUUCAGUUCUCUUUCUUGGGUCCAAUUUCAGGCAGUAUUUUAGCUAAAAAAGCUCACUCGUUCAGUAUUGGUCACAUCACUGCCAGAUUAAAUGCAGGGAAAAGUGUUAAUUUAAGUGGCAGCUUCUCACACACAAUUUCUUUCUGUCUGUAUAUUUAACAAAAUAAGUAGUUACUGUAUCUGGAAGACAACACAACAUAAGCAAUCGAAAGCACAUGUACAGCGCAAGGACAGGAGCGGCACGGGCAGACAGGGGUAGGGGAUGGGGGUCCUGCAUAGGGGUUUUGUUUCAAAUGUAUGUCAUGCCAUAUAAAUUAUUUAUAUAAAAUUUUUAUUUUUGUAGUUUGUACAGAUGUUAGUCGCUAGACUGAAGUUAUAUUUUUAAAGAGUAAAUAUAUUAUAAAUAUAAAUAUAUAAUUAUAUCUAUUUGUUUUGGGGGUGGGGUGGGAUUUGAGAUCUUCAUAUUGCUGUUGGAAAUUAUGAAGGAAAGGGGUGGCUACAGUUGUCCACCUUGCGACUCUUUGCCCUUCCUUCUCCAUGUAAAGAUUUGAAGAGUUUCUGUUAUUGUUGUUGUCUAAAACACUGUGACUUCAGAAAACUUUGUUCGAGGAAAAAAGAAACGAUGUGACCAUCAUUUCCUUCACCCUUUAUAGGAAUUCAACUAACAAAAUAAA